CCCGGUGUCCCCCGACCCUUGGCGGUGCGGCGCCUGCAGGCGAGCCAAAUAUGAGAGACUACGACGAGGUGACUGCCUUCUUGGGCGAGUGGGGGCCCUUCCAGCGCCUCAUCUUCUUCCUGCUCAGCGCCAGCAUCAUCCCCAACGGCUUUAACGGCCUGUCAGCCGUGUUCCUGACGGCGACCCCCGAGCACCACUGCCGGGUGCCGGACUCUGCCAACCUGAGCAGCGCAUGGCGCAACCACAGCCUCCCGCUGCGCCUGCAGGAUGGCCGGGAGGUGCCCCACAGCUGCCGCCGCUACAAGCUGGCGACGCUCACCAACUUGUCCGCGCUCGGGCUGGUGCCCGGGCGCGACGUGAACUUGACCGAGCUGGAGCAGGAGGGCUGCCUGGACGGCUGGGAGUUCAGCCAAGAUGUCUAUCAGUCCACCAUCGUGACCGAGUGGAACCUGGUGUGUGAGGACGACUGGAAAGCCCCGCUCACCAUCUCCUUGUUUUUCGUGGGUGUGCUGGUGGGCUCCUUCAUCUCGGGGCAGCUCUCAGACAGGUUCGGUCGGAAGAAUGUACUGUUUGUGACCAUGGGCAUGCAGACAGGCUUCAGCUUCCUGCAAGUUUUCUCAACGAACUACGAGAUGUUCACUGUGCUGUUUAUAAUUGUAGGCAUGGGCCAGAUCUCCAACUACGUGGCAGCUUUUGUCCUGGGAACAGAAAUUCUUGGCAAAUCAGUUCGUAUUAUAUUCUCCACAUUGGGAGUGUGCAUAUUUUACUCAUUUGGCUACAUGUUGCUGCCCCUGUUUGCUUACUUCAUCAGAGACUGGAGGAUGCUGCUGCUGGCGCUGACAGUGCCAGGGGUGCUGUGCCUGAUGUUCUGGUGGUUCAUCCCUGAGUCCCCUCGAUGGCUCAUCUCCCAGAGACGGUUUAAUGAAGCAGAGACAAUCCUCCGCAAAGCUGCUAAAAUCAAUGGCAUUGCCAUAACCUCAGCCAUCUUUGACCCUACUGAGCUGCAAGAUCUGAGUUCCCAGAAUCAGCCGUCACACAGCGUUCUGGAUCUGCUCCGAACCCAGAAUAUCCGGAUGGUCACCAUCAUGUCCAUAAUUCUGUGGAUGACUAUAUCAGUGGGCUACUUUGGGCUUUCUCUGGAUACUCCUAACUUACACGGGGACAUCUACUUGAACUGCUUCCUUUCGGCGGUGGUUGAAGUCCCAGCGUACACCGUGUCCUGGGUACUGCUGCAGUACGUACCCCGGCGCUACUCCAUGGCCACAGCCCUCUUUCUGGGUGGCAGUGUUCUUCUCUUCCUGCAGCUCGUGCCUCCAGACUUGUCCUAUGUGACCACCAUCCUGGUUAUGGUGGGCAAAUUUGGAAUCACUGCUGCCUUUUCCAUGGUCUACGUGUACACGGCAGAGCUGUACCCCACAGUGGUCAGGAACAUGGGCAUGGGAGUCAGUUCCACAGCAUCCCGCCUUGGUAGCAUCCUGUCCCCCUACUUUGUCUACCUGGGUGCCUAUGACCGCUUCCUGCCCUACAUUCUCAUGGGCAGCCUGACAAUCCUCACAGCCAUCCUCACCUUGUUCCUCCCAGAGAGCUUCAGGACCCCCCUCCCAGAUACCAUCGACCAGAUGCUAAGGGUCAAAGGAAUAAAAUACAGGCAAAGUCCAAGUCACACAGGGGUAUUAAAGGAUGAAGAAGAAAGCCCCACCAUCCUUAAAAGCACAGCCUUCUAAUCAACGC